AUCCUUCUGUGUACUAAUCAAAUUCUUGUUCAUCAACAGGAUGGUGCGCCCUCCUCCCCCACCACCACCUCCUCCACCUGAGAUGGGCCAGGCAAUGCUCCAGAUGACUCAGUUGCUUGCACAGAUGCAGCAACAUCAACAUAAUGUCGAUCAAGCAAAUCGCCAGGGCAAUGGCCGAGUGAUGAUAAGGGACUUCUUGCAGCUAAACCCUCGCUCUUUUGAUGCUACUCCUCAGCCUUUGGAUGCGGAUGAUUGGGUACGCGAUGUGAAUCGCAUGCUCAACAUAGCUGGAGUGGCACCUGAAGAUAAGGUGAAGUAUGCAACACACUUGCUGAAAGGAGGGUCCGCAGCUUGGUGGGAUCACUAUCAGGAGAUGAGAGGUGGUGCUGAUGUCAGUUGGGAUCAGUUUGUGGAGGCUUUUCGGAGUCAUCACAUCUCAGAUGGCAUUAUGGAGCGCAUGAAAGAAAAGUUCUGUCAGCUUGUGCAGGGCAACAAUGAUGUGAUCACCUAUAGCUCACAGUUCACAGAUCUGGCUCGCUAUGCUGGCGAUGAGGUGCCAACUGAUGCAAAGAAGCAGAAGAGAUUCCGCAGUGGCCUCAAACCUUCUCUCAGAUAUGCAUUGACUCAUGUGCCAGCCAGGACUUUCGAUGAGCUAGUCAACAAUGCAGUCAAGGAAGAGACAGGAAGACUUGCGUUCGAGGAAUCGCGCAAGCAUUCUCGAGAUGUUGGUGGUCCUUCUGCACCGACACCAAAGAGGAGGUUGUGGGUCCCUUAUCCCACAACUCCAGGAGCUUACCACAUGCCAGCAGGGUAUGCUCCCCACCCACCAGUUCUCCGCCCGCCAGCUCCUCGUCCAGCUUUCAGAGUCUCUCAGCCUCUGCCGAGGCCGCCACUUCCAGGACCUCCGAGACCGCCGGCUCCUCGCCCCGGUAUCACGUGCUACAAGUGUGGGCAAGCUGGACACAUCUCCACCUUCUGCACUCAGAAGCUGCCGCCACCACCACCUCGCUCGACUCCGACACAUGCGAUGGUGCGUGCUCCUGCUUCGACCCGUGCUUUCCACCCCAGCACAAAGUCGGGUCCGAGGGCGGCUCAUCUCCACAACAUCAGCAUUGAGCAAGCUGAGCAGGCCACAGACGUCGUUCUUGGUACUUUACCUGUUAACUCUUCACAUGCAUCUGUUUUGUUUGAUACUGGAGCAUCGCUUUCAUUUGUGUCACAAAAGUUCUCCCAGAAGCAGUUGUUACCAAUGGAAUCUUUGCCUCAGAGUUUCUCAGUUGUUUCCCCUGGAGGACAGAUGAUCGCUUCUAAGAUAAGCCAUGCUUAA